AUGGACGGCUGCUACGUGCCCAACAACCCGCAGUUCGGCCUGUCGGAGGCGGCGGCCUGGGGGCUCGACGACAUGGGCUCCUUCUCGCUGCCCGCGCUCGACCUCGACCCGCUGCCCAGUCUGCUGCCCUUCAGCCCCGCCGCCUACAAGACGGAAAAGCAGCCGCACGACAUGGCGGACGUGCUGCUGUCGCUGAAGCACGCCGUGGUGCACCCGGGCCAGGUGGGCGGCGGCCCGCUGUCGCCGGGGCUGCCCGCCGAGACAGUAACGAGAGGCGCGCGCCGUGUGCUCUGUCCUCAGGAAGCGUUUGACAGGUGCUGCCUGUUUUCACCGUCCGAUGCAAGCUUUUCCUGCCGCCAGAUGCUGUCGCCCGGCGGCGGCUACGGCGGCUCUCAGUUCUGCGAGCAGAACGGCUUCUGCCAGGCCACGCCGGCGCCGCAGCAGCACAACAUGUUCCCCAGCAUGAGCGUCAACGUCUCCAUGAACAUGACCAUGCACGGCUACCCGCCGCCCGACAACAUGGGCUGUUCACAGAUGCAGUGGGCGCCCGGGCCGACGGCGUCGCCGGUGUACCCGAUGCAGACCGCGCAAGCGCAGGCGCUGCUGAGUCCGCAAGGCUACGGCGGCGGCGCCACCUACUCCUUCACGGCCGACUUCCGACCGCCGGCCCAGCAGCAGCAGCCGCAGGUCCCCGCCGCUGCACCCACCCAGCCCACGCACCAGGUGGUGGGAGCGGCGCCGACGCUGCCGGUGCUGACGGCCGACAUGGCGUCGCCGGCGUCGCGGGCGUCGGUGGGCGUGGCCGCGCGCGCCUCCCCUCGACGCUUCCCGCCCCCGCCGGGCAAGAUGGCCGCCACCAUGACGCUGUCCGCCUCUGUAUCCCCUCCGCCAGCUCCGCCGACCCACGUUCUGGAUGAGUCGCAGCGGCCGAACCUGUGCCGUAUCUGCGGCAAGACGUACGCGCGGCCGAGCACGCUGAAGACGCACCUGCGCACGCACUCCGGGGAGAAGCCGUACCGCUGCGGCGACUGCCACAAGUCGUUCAGCCAGGCGGCCAACCUGACGGCGCACGUGCGCACGCACUCGGGCGAGAAGCCGUUCCGCUGCGCCAUCUGCGACCGCCGCUUCUCGCAGUCUUCGUCCGUCACCACGCACAUGCGCACGCACUCUGGCGAGCGGCCGUACCGCUGCCGCCUGUGCCGCAAGGCCUUCUCCGACUCGAGCACGCUCACCAAGCACCUGCGGAUACACUCCGGGGAGAAGCCUUACCAGUGCAAGCUGUGCCUGCUGCGCUUCUCGCAGUCCGGCAACCUCAACCGCCACAUGAGGGUCCACGGCGGGGGCGGCGGCGGCUUGGCCCUGGGCGCUGCCACGCCCCCGCCUCCGGCCCCCAUGUCGUCUGCCGCCCCCGCGACGCUGCGCCGUCCUUGCAAGUGCGUACUGUGUUCCAGAGCCGACGAGGAGCUGCUGUACACGCCGCAGCCGCCUCCUCCACGCUCCCAGUUCUUCGACGACACUGACGACCGAUUCCGUGCAGCGUUGCCCGAAUACCUGGUGGAAGUGUCUAUGGACGAAAAUGUGUAA